GACACGAGUGCCACGAGAGGGCGCUUGUGUUUACAUCAUUGCUUCCUUCUCUUGCAUCCUCGGGUGUAAACUGUGUAGAGACGUGAUAUGAGUGUUUCACUUUCAAUUCUGUAGAAAACCGAAGCAAAAGGGAACGCACGAUUUCUGCUUUGAGAGGGGCACCGUUGAGAAGAGAAGCUGGAGUGUAUUGCUUAGUGGGAGGGGGGUGUUUGCAGGGUUAUCGGCGACCCACUUUUUAUUUUAGUUUUUGCAUUUAUUUGCAACAAACAUGGAAGAGUUAGUCGUUGAAGUCCGGGGCACGAGUGGAGCAUUUUAUAAGGCCUAUGUCAAAGAUGUUCAUGAAGAUUCAGUGACUGUGGCAUUUGAGAAUAAUUGGCAGCCAGAGAGACAAAUACCUUUCCAUGAUGUUCGGUUUCCACCACCUGCAGGAUUUCAGAAAGACAUUAAUGAAAGUGAUGAAGUUGAGGUGUAUUCCAGAGCAAAUGACAAAGAACCUUGUGGUUGGUGGCUGGCUAAAGUUAGAAUGGUAAAGGGAGAGGUUGAAACAGAGUCAAUAACUGAAACAGCAACAGCUGUGUUGGAGCUAAAACUGGGUGAGGAACAGCCAAACUCUGCUACCAAGUUUUAUGUGAUCGAAUAUGCAGCCUGUGAUGCCACAUAUAAUGAAAUUGUUACAAUAGAAAGGCUACGACCAGUAAACCCAAAUAAGCCAGCAGUUAAAAAUACUUUCCUCAAGGUCAAAUUGGACGUGCCAGAUGACUUGCGACAAAUGUGUACUAAAGAGUCUACACAUAAAGAUUUCAAAAAAGCUGUGGGUGGUUUUAGUGUUACAUAUGAUGCAGAUCAGCACCAGUUAGUUAUUCUGUCAAUAAAUGAAGUGACAAUUAAAAGAGCGAAUAUGUUAAGUGACAUGCAUUUUAGAAGCCUCCGCACAAAAUUGUCGCUAAUGCUGAGAAAUGAAGAAGCUAGCAGACAACUAGAAAGUUCACGGCAGCUAGCCUCUCGAUUCCAUGAGCAGUUUAUUGUGAGAGAAGAUUUAAUGGGUCUUGCAAUUGGCACUCAUGGAGCCAACAUUCAGCAAGCAAGAAAAGUUCCAGGAGUGACCACGAUUGACUUGGAUGAAGAAACCUGCACAUUCCACAUUUAUGGAGAGGAUAAAGAAGCUGUUAGGAAAGCUAGAAGUUACCUUGAAUUUUCAGAAGAUAUAAUUAAAGUCCCAAGAAAUUUAGUAGGAAAGGUUAUUGGGAAAAAUGGAAAACUUAUUCAGGAAGUUGUUGACAAAUCGGGAGUAGUGCGUGUUCGAAUUGAAGCUGAAAAUGACAAAAAGAAUCCUCAGGAUGAGCAAGGCAUGGUGCCUUUUGUUUUUGUUGGUACAAAGGAGAGCAUUUCUAAUGCACAGGUUCUUCUGGAUUAUCAUCUCAACUAUUUAAAGGAAGUUGAUCAGCUUCGCCUUGAGAGAUUACAAAUCGACGAGCAGCUGCGCCAAAUAGGAGGAGGUGCAAGGCCGCAAACUACUCGGUCAGAAAAGGAGAAGGGUUUCGUUGCUGAUGAUGCCAUUGGUGUGACCAGAGCAGGCAAACCAUACCCUGGGAGAGGACGUGGUAGGCGUGCUCCAGGAUAUACAUCUGGGACAAAUUCUGAAGCUUCUAAUGCAUCAGAGACUGAAUCUGAUCACAGAGAUGAAUUGAGCGAUUGGUCCCUUGCACCUACGGAUGAGGAGAGAGAUGGCUAUUCUCGCCGCGGUGAUGGCCGCAAGCGGGGCAGUGGAGGUGGUGGCAGCAGCAGAGGGCGAGGAAGCAGAGGUCGUGGAACAUAUAAAGGUUAG